CUGGCUGAUAAAUGCACCGAAUAUCUGCAAGAAAACUUAGAUCCAUCAAAUGUUUUCAGCAUCCUGCCAUUUGCUCAGAAAUAUGAAGAGAAAAAUCUGGUGGAUCAGUGCUGGAAAGUAAUCGAUGAACAGGCAGAAGAGGCCGUGAAAUGUGAUGGAUUUGCGACAAUUGAGAGAUCCUUACUUGAAGCAGUAGUUGAAAGGGAUGCCUUAGACAUUUCUGAGGUGGAAUUAUUCAAGGCAGUCAUGCAGUGGGCGACAAAGGAAUCGGAAAAGCAGGGUUUGGUCGCAGAGGGUAAAGUAAAAAGAAGAAUUCUCGGAGAGAAGAUCAUGAAAGGAAUACGUUUCCCAGUGAUGACGCAUAAAGAAUUUGCCAGUGUGGUCCUUGACAGCAAACUACUCACUCUAGAUGAGGUCACUGACAUUGUCAAAUAUUUGAGCUCAGUAAAAGGCCCUCAAGUUGGAUUUCCGGUAUCGAAGAGAGGUGCUUGUUCCGGCCUUGAACGAUGUUUCAGAUUUGGCUCAGUGGUGUCAGGUUGUAGUAAUAAUGGUAUUAGUAUGUUAAUUUUCUGUGUAAACAAAAACAUACUGUUGAACGGGGUCUACUUGUUUGGUAGUGAGGGUAAUGAUUACUCUGUCAGUCUUACGUUAUAUCAAUAUCAGUGCACCAGUUACGCUACUGUUGUAUCUACUGAAGGUACAUUUUCAUCUUUGCACAACAAAUCAAAGAAUUUUUGGGGCUUUGAUGUUCUGUUUCACUGCCCUGUUUCUAUAAUUAAAGGCACCACGUAUGGUAUUGCUGCUGCAAUAAGUGGUCCUGACUCUUUUGGGGGAAGGAAUGGUAAUAGCCAUGUUGAGAGUUCAGGGGUUACAUUUAAGUUUGUAGAUUUGGCUGGUACAACUGAAGUAGAACAGGGGCAACUUCCUGAAAUUAUCUUUAGCCUGCAAGAGUAAAUAUUACAACAUGAUGGGGAAGUGUGUUUAUGUUUCUUUCAUUUUCAAUUAAUUUUUCGCCCCAACUUCUACCACAUUUCGGUCUUAAGUCGUUUGGUCUAAAUAACAGCUUUGUUUAGCUAGGAAUUCCAUUGAAUGUUUUUAUGUACCUUAGGGCAGGGAUUAUCUAGAACUCUCUGUCAGAAGGGUUCGUAAAGUAACGUGUUGCCCAAGCACAUUAAAAAAAAAAAAGAUUGUAAUGCUUUGUGACCGUGACUUGUCACGGCUACAUUCUCGAGUUGGCGGUCACAAUGAAAGUUGUACCUCUGCAUUUUAACUUUUAUCUUCUUUUUGUUAUCGGCAUAGUUUUGUCCUCUUCGACUCUUCACACUCAUCACUGAGUGAAUUGCAAUGAAUAAACACUAUUUUAAGUGCUUUUCAGUUCAUCGCAAAUCGGAAGUCAGCAGUUGAGAUCACGAGAAACUGAUGGCUUUUUUUCAUCGCUACUAAACGAAUCAUUUCCAACUAGCUAGUGUUAGCGCGCCAUAAACAACAUUAAUUGUCGGUUGCCUUGAUUAGUUCAAUUAGGUCUAUUCUUGAAUUGCUGCAAGGCAACUGAAAAUAUAGAUGCUGUAGUAGACAGUACACAGUAGAAUGCAAAGUAGCUUUGUUAAAGAGUACAGUUUACGAAUUGGUUUGGGAGUUAAAAUCUUACCGAUGGCAGUCAAUUUAUUGUAGUAUAUUUUACUGACGAGGCGCUUUUCAUGGAAUUGUUGUUACCAUUUCCUGGCGCGGCCUCAAACAUGACGGGACGCACGGGGCUUCUACUGUAAGUACCGCAGGGAAAUGGUAGGAAAUUUUCCUAGCAU